AUGGAAAAUGGAAAAGAAGGAGGAAGGAAGAGAGAGAGAGAGGACAGUGUCUCAAACGCCGAGGAGGAGGCAAGGAGAAGGAGGCAAGGAGAAGGAGGCAAGGAGAAGGAGGCAAGGAGAAGGAGGCAAGGAGAAGGAGGCAAGGAGAAGGAGGCAAGGAGAAGGAGGCAAGGAGAAGGAGGCAAGGAGAAGGAGGCAAGGAGAAGGAGGCAAGGAGAAGGAGGCAAGGAGAAGGAGGCAAGGAGAAGGAGGCAAGGAGAAGGAGGCAAGGAGAAGGAGGCAAGGAGAAGGAGGCAAGGAGAAGGAGGCAAGGAGAAGGAGGCAAGGAGAAGGAGGCAAGGAGAAGGAGGCAAGGAGAAGGAGGCAAGGAGAAGGAGGCAAGGAGAAGGAGGCAAGGAGAAGGAGGCAAGGAGAAGGAGGCAAGGAGAAGAAGGCAAGGAGAAGAAGGCAAGGAGAAGAAGGCAAGGAGAAGAAGGCAAGGAGAAGAAGGCAAGGAGAAGAAGGCAAGGAGAAGAAGGCAAGGAGAAGAAGGCAAGGAGAAGAAGGCAAGGAGAAGAAGGCAAGGAGAAGAAGGCAAGGAGAAGAAGGCAAGGAGAAGAAGGCAAGGAGAAGAAGGCAAGGAGAAGAAGGCAAGGAGAAGAAGGCAAGGAGAAGAAGGCAAGGAGAAGAAGGCAAGGAGAAGAAGGCAAGGAGAAGAAGGCAAGGAGAAGAAGGCAAGGAGAAGAAGGCAAGGAGAAGAAGGCAAGGAGAAGAAGGCAAGGAGAAGAAGGCAAGGAGAAGAAGGCAAGGAGAAGAAGGCAAGGAGAAGAAGGCAAGGAGAAGAAGGCAAGGAGAAGAAGGCAAGGAGAAGAAGGCAAGGAGAAGAAGGCAAGGAGAAGAAGGCAAGGAGAAGAAGGCAAGGAGAAGAAGGCAAGGAGAAGAAGGCAAGGAGAAGAAGGCAAGGAGAAGAAGGCAAGGAGAAGAAGGCAAGGAGAAGAAGGCAAGGAGAAGAAGGCAAGGAGAAGAAGGCAAGGAGAAGAAGGCAAGGAGAAGAAGGCAAGGAGAAGAAGGCAAGGAGAAGAAGGCAAGGAGAAGAAGGCAAGGAGAAGAAGGCAAGGAGAAGAAGGCAAGGAGAAGAAGGCAAGGAGAAGAAGGCAAGGAGAAGAAGGCAAGGAGAAGAAGGCAAGGAGAAGAAGGCAAGGAGAAGAAGGCAAGGAGAAGAAGGCAAGGAGAAGAAGGCAAGGAGAAGAAGGCAAGGAGAAGAAGGCAAGGAGAAGAAGGCAAGGAGAAGAAGGCAAGGAGAAGAAGGCAAGGAGAAGAAGGCAAGGAGAAGAAGGCAAGGAGAAGAAGGCAAGGAGAAGAAGGCAAGGAGAAGAAGGCAAGGAGAAGAAGGCAAGGAGAAGAAGGCAAGGAGAAGAAGGCAAGGAGAAGAAGGCAAGGAGAAGAAGGCAAUGA